CAUUUCUUCUUAUUAUUACUUCCCCUUAACCAAACACUCACUUCUUUCUCUCAGAUCUAUACAGAGAACCUAUACAUACAACCCAUCUGUAUCUAUAUCUCUUAGAUGUCUUCUUCGUAUUGGUGUUACAGAUGCAGCCGCUUCGUUAGGGUUUCCACGGACGACGACUCGCUGUCCUGCCCCGACUGCGCCGGUGGGUUUAUCGAGGUCAUCGACACGCCGGCGCCGACUAUUUCGGAGUCCCGCCGGAAUCGUUUCCCGGCGGCGGCGAUGUAUAUGGUGGGAAACGGAGGGAAUUCGGGGAACAGCGAGCAGAAUUCGUCGCCGGCGAUUCGCCGGAGCCGGAGGAACACCGGCGACCGGUCGCCGUUUAAUCCGGUGAUUGUGCUGAGAGGGACAGGAGAGGCGGAACCGGCGGAGGAUGGGAGCGGGUUUGAAUUGUAUUAUGAUGAUGGGGCCGGGUCGGGUUUGAGGCCCUUGCCCGCCACUAUGUCCGAGUUUUUGCUCGGGUCGGGUUUUGAUAGGCUGUUGGAUCAGUUGUCGCAGAUUGAGAAUAAUGGGAUUGGGAGGAUGGAGCAUCCGCCGGCUUCGAAAGCGGCGAUUGAGUCGAUGCCGGUGGUGGAGAUUGGGGAGGAGCAUUUGGGGAGUGAAUUGCAUUGUGCUGUUUGUAAAGAAGCGUUUGAGUUUGGUGUCGAAGCUCGAGAAAUGCCCUGUAAGCAUUUGUAUCAUGAUGAUUGUAUUUUGCCUUGGUUGAAUCUUCGUAAUUCCUGCCCUGUUUGUAGACAUGAAUUGGCUAGUGAUGUUAAUAAUAAUAGUAGUAGUGGUAAUGUAAUUGAAACUAGUGAAGUUAAUAGGGUGCAGAAUGAGAAUAGUUUGACCCCGAGUAAUGGGAAUGGGAAUGAGGAUGAGACAGUUGGGUUAACAAUUUGGAGGUUACCGGGAGGGGGGUUUGCGGUUGGGAGGUUUUCGGGUGGGAGGAGAGGAGGGGAUAGGGAGCUUCCGGUUGUUUAUACAGAGAUGGAUGGUGGGUUUAAUAAUAAUGGGGUUCCGAGGAGGAUAUCUUGGGCUUCUAGAGGGAGUGUUGCGAGGGAAAGAGGUGGGUUCAGGAGGGUUUUGCGAAAUUUGUUUGGUUGUUUUGGUGGAUCGAGGGGUUCGGUUGCUAGUUCGAGUUCGGAGUCUAGGAUGAAUGGGAGAAGUAGGUCAUUGUCUUCGGCGUUUAGUAAUUCUUCACAGAGGCGUGGAGCUUGGCCUUGGGCUGCUGAAGCUAGUAAUAGAGCACGGAGGUCUUGAUGGAAUGGAAGGUAUGGGUUUGAGGAAUGCUCACCUUGCUGCUGAUCUUGUAUAUAAAUGAAAUUUCGAAGAAAUGGACUGAUAAACAUGGAUCUUCAAUGCACAUUUUGUCAGUUGUGUGUAUUGAAUUUUGGAUGGUGAUGGGAGGCUUCUGUGAGGACUAGAAGCGUCAGGAAGGCGAGGUAAGUGGCCUUGCAAGGUGAGUUUUUGUUAUUGUUUAGCUGACUUCUGGGAUGUAGAAGGUACACAGCUUCGUAGACAAUGAGAAUGCCCUUACCAUUUCGAAUUCUUGCAGUAUUUUGUUUAAUUAUUGUCUAUUUAUUAAUUUCUUAGUUUGUAGUUAGCUUAUAUUCAGUCAUUCUGGCAGAAAAUUAUAAGUUUUUAAAGCAAGAUAUUUUGUUGCCUAA